AUGGCCAAGUACAUGACGACUUCAUUGUCUGAUAGCACACCAACAGCGGUCACACCAAACAAAAUGAAAGCAGUGCUGAUGUGUCUAGUGUUUUACUUGCCACUUAUGCUAUGUUUGUAUGGUGGAAUAGAUGUCAAAUAUCAAUCUUUUUUCAUUGUUACACUCCAGGACAAUACUGAACAUUUCUGUAACGGUGCCUUAGUUUCAUCACGAUUCGUACUGACCGCAGCUUCUUGCGUGAAGGAUAAACAACCUCAAGAUAUUACACUGAAAGUUUGGAUAGUGACUAGUGGCAGUACCGGAAUACCAAUGGUCGUUGAGGAAAUUAUAUAUAAGAAUCCCACUGGACAGAAAAACGUGCACAACAAUAUCGCUUUACUGCGUCUAGCUAAAAUAACCGAACAUAAGGACGAGUUGACACCAUUCGAAUUAGAGCGACUUGUUGAUGGAGCGGAAGAAAAUGUACACUGCAGCUUGUACGGAUGGGGUAAGAAGUCGAUCGAUGAUUUGAGAGUCUUAGACACUUUACAGAUGGCGAAGAGCCAAACCGGCAGUCUAAGUUUUUGCAAAACACACAACAGCGACGUCGAUGAAACUAACAUAUGCAUUUAUGAUGCGAAUAGUGGUCUUUGUGAUCUCGACACAGGUGGUCUAUUGACUUCUCCUGAUUUAUGCUUGUGGGGAAUCGCAACUGAACAGCAUUCGUGUGGCAACAGGACCGGCGAUGUGUACACACGUGUAUACUCACACAUAGACUGGAUUCGGGAAACAAUGAAAGAAGACUCGAAUGACUCAGUCAAUCAACACACACCAGAAACUAUCAUUGUUUUAACUGCAACCCAUGUAAUUUUAACGAUUUGGCUGAAUUGA